GUCACUCGUCACACUCUUUCGCAGUCGCCAUAUUGGCAGAACGGCUCGGAAAAAGGUGAUUUUUGGCUGCAAAAUUCACCAUCAACCUGGCAACUUAUCUGCAAUUUUUUGAUGUUCAAUUACAAAGUUAACCUCGAAGAAUAAUAUAAGGCUGGGAUUACCUGGAUUAACCGCAGAUUAACGAAGCGAUUAGCUGUCGAAAUUCGACUAUAUUUCGAUAUCUGAAAAUUGCGAAAAAUUCAAAGACGUCCUAAAAAUGUUCAGAAAUCGAUAAUCGGUUAUCGAAUGGUACAUGACAAGUUUAAAAAGCGAUUUGGGAAAUUUGGUUGAUAAGGAAUUACGUUUUGGACGUUUUUUUUGGCAGGUUUUAUUGAGCCUUAUAUAUUCUAUUAGAAAAUGGCGGACGGUCACGAGGGUCCGCCAGCUAAGAGACAGAAAAUUAACUCUCCUUCUGCGGCUGGUGGUGAUGGAACGAAUUUAAUGGAAAUACUCAAAGAUGUGCCGGACGAAUUAGAACUUACAAACGCUGUCAAUGGAAAUCCUAACUUAUCUUCUCUUCUUAGCACUAAUUCAACGGCAACCAUUUGCAGUUCCACACUACCUAUACAGAACAAUUCCAAUCUUGCUACGUCAACACCUCAAAUCCAAUUGCAGACAAACCCGCGCAGUGGAACACCAACAAGCCUGCCGGACUUGUUGGCGCCCGGGAACUGCGCGACUCCUCCUAAUGUUAGUAUUAGUAAUGUCCUACGAUCAAUUGGACCUGGAGCUACCGGCCAAGGUCAGAGAGCCAUAAUGAAUGGCCCAAUGCAACAUGGUAUGAUGCCACAGCGACCUACUGGAAUGGUCCAUGGCAUCCAACAGGGGCAAAAUCAGAUAGGAAAUCAGAGAGCCAUGAUGAACGGCCCGAAUAUGCCCCAACAGCCGCAGCAAGCACAGCAACCCCAACAGCAAAUUGGAGGAAUGAUGCAACAGAGACAUACAAUUCCACAAUCACCUAUGAUGCAGUCGCGUUUAUCUACACCUCAACCCCAGCAUCCCCGAAUGACACCAGGAAAUUCAGGUGGACAAAUGAUCGGAUUGUCGCAGCAUAUGCAACCAACUCAUUCUACGGUAUGUAUUGUUUUUCUAAAUGAACUUUUCAACAAAAUAAGAAAUGAAAAACUUAAAAUUAAAAUCAAUGCUUUUGUGAAUAACUUUCCAAGUUGAAAAUGCCAAAUUAAAUUCAAGUAUCUCAGUUAUAUUAAACAAUAACAACCGUUAAUUUAACAAUUUUGCAGAAGGUUAUAGAAAAUUAUACAUAUGCACCUGAUGUUUUGCAAGUACGUAAAAAAAAAUGCCAUGAUUUCAUCAGCUUUUAAAAUGAUUGUUUAAUGAUAGAAAUCAUUGAUUUAUUUGUUGCUUAAACUAGGACCAAAACUUUUGGAGAAUUAAAUGCAUUCAUUCUUGCUUGAAAAAAUUAUGUUAGAUUUUAAUUUUCUUUUGUAAAGCUCUUUCACCUGCCUUAAGACAAGCAAUAUAAUUUUUACACCAUAUAUCUCAUUUGUUAUUAACAUUCGUUAUGCAUUAUAAUUUACAUGAUUUUAAUUUUUUUAGCCGCAACUCAUAUCCGUCGUUUCAACGAUGCCUAGCCUAAGCCAACCCCAGCAGCAAUAUACGAUUUCAUCGAGUCUACCGCAGCCAUCUCCAACACUACCACCAGCCACUGCAACAACGACGGCAGCCGCAGCUGCAGCGACAACCCCAGGAACAGUAGCUGAUCCGGAGAAGCGAAAGCUAAUCCAGCAGCAAUUAGUUCUUCUUCUUCACGCUCAUAAAUGUCAAAGGAGAGAACAAAAUAACGGAGCAUCGCAAUGUACCCUUCCACACUGCAAGACCAUGAAAAAUGUUUUAAAUCAUAUGACACAGUGUAGUGCUGGGAAAGCUUGUCAAGUUGCUCAUUGUGCAAGUUCAAGACAAAUAAUAUCGCAUUGGAAAAAUUGUACGAGACCCGAUUGUCCUGUUUGCUUGCCUUUGAAAACGGCAAAUGAAAAACAUAAACCAAUUACACAAGCGACUAAUGGACAACAGGUGACAACAGCUAAUACAGUAGUCGAGAAUAACGCUGCUAGGGCUUAUAAAGCCCUAGGAAUCCCGGAACCAACACCUGCCUCUGUUAGUCAAACGACAACAGUCGCUCAGCCGACAAAUAGUGUCAUGCUAUCUCCUGAAAAACGCCAGAUUAAGCAAAGUAACAUUGGUUUGAUCUCGAGUCAACUGCAGCAAGAACCUGUUCAAUCGGAUACGGGUAUUGUGGCUGGUCAAAACGUGCCAACAAAAGAAUGGCAUGUUCAUGUGAAACAAGAUUUGCGGAAUCAUCUUGUACACAAAUUAGUACAGGCUAUAUUUCCAGCACCAGAUCCUGCUGCUUACAGGGAUAAAAGAAUGAAAAAUCUAGUUGAUUAUGCGAGGAAGGUUGAAAGUGACAUGUACGAUUCAGCAAAUUCUAGGGAAGAAUAUUAUCAUCUUCUUGCUGAAAAAAUAUAUAAAAUUCAAAAAGAAUUAGAAGAAAAGCGGAUGAAACGCAGCCAACCUAGUGGGCCGGCUACGUCCAAUCCAGGUGCGCCAGCAAAUGUUGUACCGGGACGAAUAGGGGUGGCUCCAAAUGUAUUAGCUGGCCAACCACCCUCACUCCCACCCUAUAGGUCCAUACCGGUUAUGAAUCCACCUAAUCCACCGAAUUUACCGUCAGUGCAACAACCUACAGAUUCAAAUAUACCUCAAGUUGAAACAAAUGAACUAAUAAAGCAAGAGCCAAUAAAGCAAGAGCCCAUUGAUAAUGAAAUAUUAAGAUCAGAAAUGGAGACCCCGAAUGGCCCAAUAUCUGAUGAGGGAAUUAAAAAAGAGACUAUAAUAAAGACUGAAAAGGAGGAAACAACAACAACAACAACAACUACCACAACAGCUCCAGCUACAAAAUCACCAAAUGAACCUUCCGGAUCUACGGAAAUUGUUCGUACAUCGAAUCAACCUAAAGAAGUCAAAAAGAUUGUAUUUAGUCCAGACGAACUUCAUCAGGCUCUUAAACCUGUUCUAGAAAAAUUAUAUUAUCUAGAACCUGAGUCUAUGCCUUUUAGGCAACCUGUUGAUCCCAUAAUCCUGCAGAUUCCGGACUACUUUGAUAUAAUAAAAAAGCCAAUGGAUUUAUCAACAAUCAGGCGAAAACUUGUAAAUGGCCAAUUCGAAGAUCCUUGGCAGUUUUGUGAAGAUAUUUGGCUCAUGUUAGAAAACGCUUGGUUAUAUAAUAGAAAGACUUCACGAGUGUAUAAAUACUGUAACAAACUGGCAGAAGUAUUCACUCAGGAAAUUGAUGAAGUCAUGCACUCGUUAGGUUAUUGCUGCGGUCGAAAAUAUGAAUAUCAUCCGCAAGUUUUAUGUUGCUAUGGAAAGCCAAUGUGUACUAUUCCUAGAGAUGCUACGUAUUUCUCAUAUGAAAAUAGAUACGUUUAUUGUGAAAAAUGCUUCAAUGACAUAAAAUCAGACGAAGUUGAGCUCAAUGAAGAUCCAACAGCUCCGCCAAGUGUCAUUCCAAAAACCAAAUUUAAGCGCGAAAAGAAUAAUGUCUUGGAACCGGAACCUUUUGUACAUUGCGAAGGAUGCGGUAGAAAAUGGCAUCAGAUUUGCGCCCUAUAUCUAGAGCCAAUUAAUAAACAAUUUAGCUGUGAAUUGUGUCAAAAGAGAGCUCCCGAGAAGAAACUUAAAGACAAUCGAUUCUCUGCUAAACGUUUACCUAAUACGAAAUUGGGUACGUAUUUAGAAAAUCGAAUUAAUUCUUUCCUUAAGAAUAAAGAUGCUGGAGCUGGUGAGGUUACGAUAAGAGUUCUUGCUAGUUCGGAUAAAACUGUCGAAGUAAAGCCUCUAAUGAAAAGUCGAUUUACGAAUAUGCCUGAGACUUUUCCUUAUAAAACUAAGGCAAUGUUUGCUUUUGAGGAUAUUGAUGGUGUUGACGUAUGCUUCUUCGGAAUGCAUGUCCAGGAAUAUGGCUCCGAAUGUCCAUCACCCAACAAGAGGAGGGUGUAUAUCGCUUAUUUAGAUUCUGUGCACUUUUUUCAACCUAAAGCAUUUAGAACUUCCGUUUAUCAUGAAAUGCUGAUUGGUUACUUGGACUAUGUGAAAUCUUUGGGAUAUACAACAGCUCAUAUUUGGGCGUGCCCACCAUCUGAGGGCGAUGAUUACAUUUUCCAUUGUCAUCCGCCUGAACAAAAAAUUCCGAAACCAAAAAGACUGCAGGAUUGGUAUAAGAAGAUGCUGGAUAAAGCCGUUGUUGAAAGAGUAGUACUGGACUAUAAGGAUAUCUAUAAAGAUGCUAUAGAGACAGGGUUAACCUCAGCUACUGAGCUGCCAUAUUUUGAUGGAGAUUUCUGGCCGAACGUACUGGAAGAUUGUAUUAAAGAACUUGAAACUGAAGAAGAAGAAAAGAGGAAAAGGAAAGAAGAAGAAGAAGCCAUAAAAGAAGAGGAAGAUUCAACAGAAAUAUUUGAAACUGAUCCGGAUGGUAUGGAUAGCGGUAAAGCGACAGGUAAGAAGAAAGGCCAAAACAGAUCUAAAAAAUUAAAUAAGACUAAGAGUAAUCAAAGAAAAAAUUCGAAGAAAGCGCCAUUAGCUCAUGGUGGAAAUGAUCUAACAGCAAAAUUAUUUGCCACAAUGGAAAAACAUAAAGAAGUAUUUUUUGUUAUUCGUUUACAUUCUGCUCAUGUGGCGCAAUCUCUUCCUCCAAUUGUUGAUCCUGAUUCUUUAAUUCCGUGUGAUAUCAUGGAUGGACGUGAUGCAUUCUUAACUUCAGCUAGAGAGAAACAUCACGAAUUUUCAAGUUUACGGCGAGCUAAAUAUUCAACAUUAGCUUUACUGCAUGAUUUGCACAACCAGGGUAACUCUUUUGUUUAUACCUGUAAUAAUUGCAAAGAUCAAGUCGACACUCGUUAUCAUUGUACGGUCUGCGAAGACUUUGAUUUAUGUAAAGUUUGUUAUGAGAAGAAGGUACACGCUGAACAUAAGAUGGAGAAGUUAAGCUUCAACUUCGACGAUUCGGAUAGCAGCAAUAAUGACAAUAAGGAUAAUCCAGCCGAGAACAGGCGAAUGUCGAUUCAAAGGUGCAUACAAUCCCUGGUUCAUGCUUGUAUGUGUCGCGAUGCUAAUUGUAGACUGCAAAGCUGUCAGAAGAUGAAGAGAGUUGUUAUGCAUACAAAGAGCUGUAAGAGAAAACAGAAUGGAGGAUGCCCUAUCUGCAAGCAGUUGAUAGCUUUAUGUUGCUAUCAUGCCAAACAUUGCUCGGAAAGCAAAUGUCCUGUGCCUUUCUGUUUGAAUAUCAAGCAGAAAUUAAAACAACAGCAGCAGCAAGCUAGGUUCCAACAAGAUCAUAUGAUGAGGAGGCGUAUGGCAGCCAUGCAAAUGCAGAAUCAGAAUCAGACUCCUAGAACAAUACAACCUCCUCCUCCGCCAGCACCCCCUCCCCAACCUAGUCAAAGCCCAGCCGUUGGUAAACCUGUAAUCCCAAAUCAUAAUAAUAUGCCUAGAGCGGUGCAUCAACAAGUUAUAUCACAGAACCAAAUGAACGCAGGGAAACCUAUGAUCAAUUCUCAACAGCCAAAUCAGUUGAGGACAGCCUUGCCGUCAAUUAGCACUCAUGGCUGGGUGGGUUAUCAGCCUCCACAGCAGCCGCAACAACAGCCGCAGCAUCAACAACACGUCGGUCCUCCAAAUGCGACUAUACCUCAAGCGCAACAUACGAGGAUGCCACAACCUCCAAGGCACAACAUUCCACAGCAAGCCCUGGCUCAAUUAUUGCAAACAUUGAAAUCGCCUAGUAGCCCUCAGCAGCAGGCAGAAGUAUUAAAGAUACUUAAAUCGAAUCCCCAAUUAAUGACUGCAUUUAUCAAGCAGAGAGGGCAUGGCCAAAAUCCGAAUGCUGCCGCCGCCGCUGCAGCUGCUCAACAACAGCAACAACAGCAACAGCAGCAGCAGCAACAACAAGUAGUCAAUCAAAGUGCUCCAUCAAAUAGUUGCGUAACAACGACGGUAAUGCAGCAAGCCACGCAGCAACCAAGUGCUGAUCAAAGACAAUGGCUGAAUCGACAGCCGAGCAAUCAGCAAAGUAACGGCGCUGAACAAGAAAUUUCACCGCAGGAUCAACUGCAACGGUACGUGGAUCAUUUGUAGAAUAAUUUUUUAAUUAAUAAAAAAGGACGGUUUUUUAUACGAUCAUAUAAAUGCGGUUUGUUCGUUUUGCGGUUUUGAUUAUUCUGUUCUUUUUAUAUGAAAGUUGUUCGUUGUACAAAAGCUGUGCUUACAUGCGAUAAUCGAAUGACUUUUCCAUGUUUUUUUUCACAUUAUCAUGUUAAUAUUUCUAUAGACAUAAGACUAUUGAUCCGUAAGAAAUGUGACUAUUAAAUAUUUGAAUUAAUGUAUUGAUGCUGUAUAUAGAUUAUAUAUAUGUAUGUAUAUAAAAAAGAGAUAUAUAUAUAUAUAUAUUUCACAUAUU